AUGGAAUCUAGUGAUGAGGAUGAAAAAUUUUUAUAUGGAUCGGAUAAUGAAGAUCACCUUGUGACUAAUCAAAAGUUACACAAAGUUGAUCAUACUAAUAAAAACGAAACUUCAAAAAAUAUUCAAAGUACUAAUCCAAAAAAUAAUACUACCACAGCACAUAAUAAUGGACACAAUAAUGAAAAUAUAAGUAAUAAGGUAUCUACAGAUGAGGACAAAGGAGAUGAUAUAGAUGAUAUAGAUGAAGAGAUAGAUAAUGACGAAGAAGAAGCAGAAGAAGACGACGAAUAUAAUGUAGAAUUUAUUAUCAGUUUAGGUCCAGACACCACGAGAUUGGAUGCCAGAUCCAAAAAUAUUACAGGUUCACAAACAGCUGCCAGUGAAACUAUUAGUGUAGUUUCUACCGAAUCAACUGAUAUAUCAGGUAAAAUUUCAGAAUUAAAUAAAAAUAAAAAUGAUACCCUAAGUAUAAACGAGAAAAAUUUAGAUGUAAAUGGAAAACCUGACAAUAUUGAGGCUGGAUCCAUUGACCUUGAUAAAGAUGGUCUCUUUGAUGGAAGACCAAUUACAGAAAUUGAUCCAGAAGUGUUAAAAGAAAAACCUUGGAGACAACCUGGUGCUAAUAUUAGUGACUAUUUUAACUUCGGUUUCAAUGAAUACACAUGGACAGAAUAUUUGCAUAGACAAGAAAGAUUGAGAGAUGAAUAUAAUCCAAGAAGAAUACUUAUGGGUUUACUCACACUGCAGCAGCAGGGUAAAUUGGAUAUUAAGACUAAUUUUGAUCCAAACAAAAAUGUAAACUCUUCUACAUCCUCCAAUAAUAUGAUUAAUAAUAACAGUAUUAAUAACACCAACAGUCCUUUAAAUAUCAAUAACAGUAACAAUUCAAAUAUAACUAGUGGCAACAAAAACAUAAUAAACACUGGAAUUAAUAAUCCAUCAAUGAUAAAUACAUCAUCUCCUGCUAUGCCUCAGGCAUUUCCUACUAUGCCAAUGUUUGGUGGGUUUGCACCAUUUGGAAUGCCAGGGAUACUACCAAUAAAUCCCCAACCAAAUAUUAGAAAUAAUAGUAAUAAUAAUAACACUAUUAAUAAUAAUACAAGAAAUCAGCAACGAUAA